AUGACAGAAUCAAAAAUGCGCUUGGAAGACUGGUUGGAUGACCUUUGUGUCCGUUUCAUUGUAAAUCUUCCACGAGAGGAGUUGGAAUCCGUUGAACGAAUUUGUUUUCAAGUUGAGGAGGCACAGUGGUUUUACGAAGACUUCAUCCGACCCCUCGACCCCAACCUCCCCUCCCUAAGCUUGCGCGCCUUCGCACUGCGCAUCUUUCAGCAUUGCCCGCUGAUGUCUCAAUGGUCUCAUUACCAUCAUUCUACUGCGUUUUCUGAAUUUUUAGCGUACAAAACUCGGGUUCCCGUGCGCGGCGCGAUCUUGCUCAACCAGGACAUGGACGAAGUUGUUCUUGUUAAGGGAUGGAAGAAAAAUGCUAACUGGAGUUUCCCUCGCGGUAAGAUCAACAAGGAUGAGAAGGAUUUGGAUUGCGCAAUUCGAGAAGUCUACGAAGAGACUGGCUUUGAUAUAAGGGCCGCCGGUCUUGUGAAUGACGAGAAGAAAAUCAAGUAUAUCGAGAUUCCUAUGCGUGAGCAGAACAUGAGGCUGUAUGUCCUCAGAGGUGUUCCAAUGGAUACCGUUUUUGAACCAAGGACAAGGAAGGAAAUCAGCAAGAUUCAGUGGUACAAGCUUUCAGAGCUUCCAACACUCAAGAAGAGCAAGCUGAUCGAGACCGAUGGGCAUAACCUUUCCAACAAGUUCUAUAUGGUUGCGCCCUUUUUGGCGCCUCUGAAAAAAUGGAUUGCACAGCAGAAGCGGGCGGACCUUGCUGCCGCACAAGACUUGAAUUCCAGUGCACAGGCGAUGGCUACAGAUGGUCUUAUGGUAGAGGAAGAUAGUCUUUCUGCCAAUGAGGCUUUACCAAAGGAGUGCGCCAACGAGGUCCAGCUUCCUAGUGACCUUCCCGAGGUCUCUAUGGCCCAAGAUCCCUCCACUCAUCUAAAGAGGCUUCUCAAUAUCAGCACCGGAGCCUCCUUGCCAGAUGCUCCCACCCCACCCCAGCCUCAGCUUAUAAACCCAGACUUACCAAAGGGUAGCGCGCUUCUAGCUUUGCUGAGAAGAGCAACAAACACUGGUAUGGAGUCUACUUCAGGGAAAAUUGUAGCGCCGACCUCUCAGCCGGCGCAUUUUCCAAAGGACAUCAUGCAACAGCAAGACCAGCAACAUCCUAUGGCUUCGCAACCUAAUUACUCUCAACCGCCAGCUCCACCUCACCAGACCGUAGCUCCCAUACCACCCGAACCAGGAGAACCCAUGAAUCAAAUCCCUUUGAAGAGCAUGUCUUACUCGGGGUCUCCCCGGUCAAGUCCCGUUGACCCCAUUCCCAUACCCCUUUGGCCAUCCUCUACAUCGUCACCAGCAGCCGCCUCAUGUCAGUGUACGCCAAUUUCCCUAUCUAUCUUUUCCGAUGGGGGUGGGUAA